GCCCUCAACCCCCCUACAUAUAAGGAGGCUACGAGCAUGCAUUCGCCCAACAUUUCCUGUUUGUCAGAGUUGCAGAGAAGCGCCAUUUUGUCUUUACGAGCGAGCAGCAAGGAACUUGUAACCAUGAGUGGAUGUCGAGUGUUCAUUGGUCGCCUGAGCCCUCACGCCCGUGAAAGAGACGUGGAAAAGUUUUUCAAAGGGUACGGCAGAAUACGGGAGAUCAAUCUGAAGAAUGGAUUUGGGUUUGUGGAAUUCGAUGAUCACAGGGAUGCAGAUGAUGCUGUUUAUGAGCUGAACGGCAAGGAGCUGUGCAGUGAGAGGGUCACCAUUGAGCAUGCCCGGUCUCGUAGAGGAAGAGGAGGUGGUCCUGGAAUGGGUGGCGGUGGAGGCGGCGGCGGUGGCGGCAGCGGACGGUUCUCCCCUCGCUUUGGAGGUGGCUAUCGCCAGUCUCGUAGUGGAGGUUCCAGGUAUGGUCCACCUGUUCGCACUGAGCACCGCAUCGUCGUGGAGAACCUCUCGUCUCGGAUCAGUUGGCAGGACCUGAAAGAUGUGAUGAGAAAAGUCGGGGAGGUGACAUUUGUGGACGCCCACAGACCCAAACAGAACGAAGGUGUGGUUGAGUUUGCCUCUCACAGCGACAUGAAGAACGCCCUCGACAAACUCAAUGGAACCGAGUUGAACGGACGCAAACUCAAGCUCUACGAGGAUCGCAAGAGGAAUCGUAGCCGGAGCAGCUCUAGGUCCCGCAGCUACUCACGCUCUCGUUCGCCCCGCUCCCGCUCCAAGUCCCCGAGCCGCAGCCGCAGCAGGAACCGCUCCCGCUCCAACCGCUCGCGCAGCCGCUCCCGCUCUGCCAGCCGCUCCCCGGACAAGAAGCCGUCCGCCAGCCGCAACGACGCGCCGCCCCGCUCCGUGUCCCGCUCCCGGUCUCGUUCACGCUCAGUCACGCCCGUCCCCGAGCGCAAGGUGUCCCGCUCUCGCUCUCGCUCCAGGUCCCGCACGCCCCGCUCGCGCUCGGCCUCCGUGGAGAGCCAGCACUGAUGGGCGACGGAGAGAGAGUGUGUGUGUGUGUGUAUGUAUGUAUGCGUGUGCGUGAGAAAGUGUGGCAGAAGUGUUGAUCUCUGUGUGCGUGUGAGGGGGUGAGGAUGAACUGAAGACCAGAGACCAUGAUUGUGGCUCACUCCUGGAUUGCGGGGUGGGUCAGUUUGAGUAGAAUGUUGUGGGAGGUGAAGCCUCUCCACCCCCUCCCCCCGGCUCUGUUAUUUUCCUCUUGUAGCCCUAUGUGUGUGUAAUGGCUCUCGGCCUCACUGUUGGACUGCAAGCUCCUGCCAUGUCAUCCGGUUUGGGUGAUAACCACCCACCAAGAUUUGCUUUUUAUUUUUUACCCCCUCGCUGCGGUGAUCCGUUUUGACCUUAAACUGAGGAAAGAUUCAUUUCUUUGUGUUGCGCUUCCCCCCCCCUCUUCCUGUCUGUGUAGGAUUUUGUUUUCAAUUUCUCCUGCAGGUUGUUUUAUUUGUACUCUUGAGUGGAUGGUUUGUGUGUGUGUGUGGCAUGAUUUGUCAUCCAGUCUUUGAUUCCACAUCUUCCUUAGAAGCUCCUGGACUUGGCUUCCUGCAGUCUUGCCUCUUAUAGGCAUUGUGGGUAGUGUAAACAUGUAUUUGUGCACACAAGCACUAUUGUAAGACUGUCCUGCUUUUUUGUUUUUUUGUUUUUUAUAUAUAUAUAUAAACCUUUUGUUUAGUCUUAAAGUUAUGAGAAAUUUAAGUGGGGAUGCACUUAAUGAUUCUUUUUGUUUUAUGAAAGAUGAGGUUGAUUUUGAGUAAUGCUGUGUGGGCGUCUCUACACCACAUUUAAUUGUUCUUGUGAGCUGACAUUCAUUGGACAGCUUUCGUUUUUCUUUUUUUCUUUGUUGGCUUAACAUUGAGUGUCCUAUGGUUUGGAAUUGACCAACCUUAGCUCCCCGAAUCCCCAAAUUCCCAUUAAAAUUUGGUACAUCUCAAAUGAAACGGGUGAAAUCUUUGCUCACAGUGAUAUUUCUUAAGCAUUGGCUGUAAUCAUUUAAAAAGGGGAAGGACCCCGUCAAUGAAACAGAACUGUAGCGGCGGCACCGCUGUUUCAUAUUCAAUUUGUACGUUUAUUCUACUGCUGGUGGUAAGAAGAAAAACCUGCUUCUUGUCAUGUCAGAGUGGUCUCCCUUUCCUGCUGGCUCAGCUAGAGAACUCCUCUUGCCAGUAGCGGGAUUGACCUCAUAUGCAGCUGUUUUAUCCAUAAAGCAACUGGAGUACUAGGGAGGGGCUGGGGUUGUAAUGUGGGUUAAGACGAAUACUCCUCAGGCUGCGCUAAUUUAACUGUUGACUGUGAUUUGUUAUAAAGAAUAAAAUACUUUAAGAUCUUA